AUGAACCACCAAGCCUUGUUCGCUGUGUUACUCCUCUUGGCUCUCUUGGCCACUUUUGUUCCUUCCUUCUCUCUUGGACAAACUCAAUUCCAAAUGAGAUCUCUCUAUCAGGGUAUCACUUGUUCUGGAACUCCUUUCCGUGUUGUUACUCAAAAGAUCACUGCUCAAUGUAAUGCCACUGAUUCCUGCACAAAAUAUCAACCCGAACCAAAUGUAUUGUCCUAUACUCAAUCGUGUCCAUCUGAUUUCCCAGCUCAGGCCAAUAAGAAGGGAGAAAUUUAUAUCAAUACUUACACAGAUGCUUCUUGCAGUGCUUCAUCAUUAAGUCAAUAUGAAGUGUAUCAAAUUAAUACCUGUAUGACUUCGAAUGUGAUUUUUGGUCCUAACGCUAAGAGUGCCAAGUAUGUGAAUUGUGAAAAGUUGGUCUUGUACGAGGAUGAUGCUUGUCAAAAGACAUCCGCUGAAGAAGCUGUCACUUUGAAUACUUGUGUUGCUUCUCAAAAGAAGGUUUAUCGAUGUGGAUCAGCAACUGGACAAUGGAUGACUUCAAUGGUGGUGAUUGUAUUGGCUGCUUUGGCAUUUGUCAUCAUGAUGUAA